CUAUGUACAUGCUUGUUUCGUCACAGUUUGCGCGACGGCAGUAUGGCUUUGAUGGAGCCGCUUCUCCGCGUCGUUCAAGGCUGUUUUCAAGCCCUAGCGCUUUCUCUACUGGGCUCCGCACUAAGAGGAGAGACGCUAUUUGUAGGCGUUUUGCUACUGAAGCAGUUUGGAGCAUAUUCUGCGGAAACUGCAUACACAGAAACAGAACUUGGUCAACACAUAUUUACCAUUUGCAAGGAAAAUGAAAGUCUGCGCUUCAAUGUAUCCGCAUGUAUGACGUGGACAACGUCAGAAUAUUCUGUGGCCAACGUUCCACAGGAGCGUUCGCAGUGGAAAUUUCACGGGCUGAAAUAUUUUAUGCUUCUUGCUCAGACAGUCAGUUUCAUCAUCUAUUUCUCUGUCUGUGGUACGUUGCAGAUUUACUAUUACAUCAAUCGAAGAGACAGAAGUGGAGAAUGGAAAUGCCAACCGGGCAAAUUUCUGACACCAUCGAAAGAGGUCCAUGAGAUCUUGAUAGGCUCAUUCAAUACAUUCACAGCCAACUGUAGUUCUGCCGUCCUGACUUGUUACCUAUACAAUGGCGGAGAGACAAUGUUAUAUUUCAAUGUCAGUGACUAUGGUUGGCUGUACUUCAUAAUCUCCCUUCCACUGCUGUUCUUAUAUGAAGAAGCUGCUGCAUACUACCUCCACCGUCUGAUGCACAGACCAUUCUUGUACAAACAUCUUCACAAAUGGCACCAUCACUACACCAUUCCAACAGCGUUCUCAGCGACAGCUUUUCACCCCAUCGAGUGGUGGUGUUUCCAAACAGUGCACUUUUUGCCUGCCUUUGUUUGGCCACUUCAUGGACUUGUGUUUGUCACUGUUCUUCUAUAUAACUACUAUUAUGGUCUGAUUGACCACUCAGGAGUUUACAUUGAGUCAGUGUUUCCCUGGCAGCAACCAAGUCUAUUUCAUGAUUACCACCACAAAUAUUCAUCUUGCAAUUAUGGGCUCAAUACCAGACUGUUUGAUACAUUACAUGGGACUUUGCGAAAAAUACAUGUUUGGAGAUCAUCAAAGAGUGCCAACUCCUGUGAUCAGCCAAGUUGAAGCAUUAUCUGUAAAUCUGAUAUAUUAAAGAAGAGCAUCAUACCUGUUUAAAUUAAGGUGACAUUAUAUGUUGCAUGCACUCGAAUAUGCAUUCACUGUUAUUUGGUAAAUUCUGAUAGUUCUUCAGUAGUAGUCUGAUUAAUUAAGCUGGCAGUAUCAAUGAUAUAUAUGAGUAUUGACUAUCACAUUAUUUUGGAGUUCAUGAUGUCAACAGUGUAGAUGAACUGCUGUAAUGAAAUUACCAGUAGAAAACUUUGUUUGGGGUGAGAAUUCUUUCAGAAAUCUGUUUAAUACG